AUGUCUUCUCAGGACUCUGCUUGGUCUCUCAGAGAGCUUUUCUUCCACCGGUAUGACAAAACCGUCGAAAUCACCAUUAUAAGCAAAGGCAACUGUUUCGAGAUAGAGAUCGCUCCUGCGAACUUCAGCAAUUCUCCCUCAGCCUUAGAAACCUAUACUGACUUGAUAAAUUCGAUGUGCGAUGAAGAAGACUACCACCUCACCCAAGAAGCAGAGGAAGAUCUCUACAUCUGGGCGUUAGGUCCCUUCCUCCCCAUCUUCGCAGACUUCGACCCCAACCCGGUAAAUCCCCAUCCGUUCACGCUUCGGGACUACCUCCAUCCCCAGAUCUAUCGAUAUUCCCUCUUCAUUAUCAAUGAACGCCUGGAACCGCGCCUUGAUCACACCGUCCCGAACCAGCUGCUACCAAGCGGAGUAGACCUGGGUAACUUCGCACUCCACCCCACCUGGCACAAAAUGAAACCAGAAAACAUCCAGCUCCCCGGCACAGAUUACAACGAACUCUACUCUCGGCCACCCAACAAAGUCAUCGCCGACAAUACCAAUUGUUUCCUCAAGCGACUUGAAUCCGGCGACAGACGGGCUGCCACUCGUGAACUGGGAGUGUAUAAACAAAUCGAGACUCUAGGACUCCCUAAUCGCAUCCAAGUUCCCCGCGUGGUUGGUGUUGUUGAAGACGAGGAAGAAGAGUCUCGUAUCACUGGGAUUCUAUUAACUUGGGUGCAAUGUGGCUAUAGAACCCUGCAUUGUGCAUUGAAACCCGAGACCUCAUUGGAUCUGCGCAAACGAUGGGAUACUCAGGUGACAAGCACCGUGGAUUGCUUGCAUGAAGCGGGGAUUAUUUGGGGAGAUGUCAAGGCGGAUAAUGUCUUGAUUGACCAUGAGGAUAACGCGUGGAAAAGUCGUAUGGAAACGGUUGAAGGGGAUGAGGAGGGACUUGCUCAGUUAAAGGAGUUCUUGUAUCUGGGGAAGACAUUCUAA